AUGCCCCUGGCACAACAGAAUUUCAAUCUCUCCUCGCAGGCGUACGACCAGCGCGUCCUGUCCAAGAUUGGCAAGCCUAACUCACCACCGCGACCUCAGCGAUACGGCUCGAAUGAAUCCCCCGUGGUUCCUCGAAAACUGGCGCUGCAGAUCAAGGACCCCAAAGCCCAACUGCUGUCAGCCAAUGAGCUUCCAUCGGCAACAUUAGAUCCGAUUUCGAGAUGGAUUACCAGUCCGAUAUCAGCAGGCGUGUCACCGGGGUCACGACCUGGUUGGCGUGAUUACAACAUGGGUCGCCGGAGUCCUUCCAUAGACAGCGCGGCUGCAUCGCUGGUCCUGGAUCCGGAGCUGUUCAUGCAGCCUCAACCUAGCGGCCUCAUUUCCACAACUGGCUCAAUUCUAGGGAACGAAGAUGCAGCUAGUUUGGCAAGUCGGUCUCAACGCGGCAGCUAUGAUCGAGGAUUCUUUGCUGAAGCAGAAUCAGACCUCGCCGUGGACGAAUGCGGCGCAUUCCGCAACUUGAACUGCAGCGACUCGCAACAGCAGGCUGGACGACGAUCUUGUCAGCAAGGCAUGAAGCGGCGGGCGCUGUCACCACCAUCCGAGGUGGCUAGAGACGACAAAUCGCCAGCACAUGGUCUUUCAUCAGCAGAAUCACUCCCAAGAAUUCAAACGGCAUCGUUUGCACGGUCACCGGCGUCGCCCUACCGGCCACAACAUGGAUCGGUGUCCUCGACAACCUCGAGUGUGAGACAAAAUUCAUACGCGUCCUCCCUCACCCUUUCAGUGGCCGCCAGCAGUAUGACCAGCAUCUCCUCCUUUGACAGACAGUCGCCGCUAGAUCCUUCACAAACUGCAUACAUAACCUCGGCCCAUCCUGUUUCCAGCCCUGCCACGUCAGUCGCCCCAUCUAGAUCUCACCCUACCCAAUCUCCUCUCGACUCAAAAUCUCCUCGUCGGACCAUGUCUAUCCAAAGCGCCGUCAACGAUUCCAGGAUGUCGCUAUCGCCUGCCACCCGCUUUGGCAACUACUUCAUCUGCGAUUGCUGUCCAAAAAAGCCAAAGAAAUUCGAUGCAGAAGAAGACUUGAAAGCCCAUCAAAUGGAGAAACAGUACUCGUGCCAGUAUUGCCACAACCGCUUCAAGAACAAAAAUGAAGCCGAGCGUCAUCAGAACUCUCUUCAUUUGCGACGGCAUUCCUGGUCAUGCGCGGCCAUUGCAAACUACCAGGCAGCCUUUUACCCGUCCACCUCACCAACACCUACCGGGCUAGAAGUCCCUCAAACCGACACGUGCGGCUUCUGUGGAGAAGAAUUCCUCAACCUCCCUCAACCUGACUGGGAUCGAAGGAUCGACCACCUCACCAACGUCCAUAAGUUUGGCGAGUGCAACCAGGCAAAAAAGUUUUACAGGGCCGACCACUUCAGGCAACACCUCAAACAUAGCCACGCUGGACAGAGCGGGAAGUGGACCAAUGUGCUGGAAAAUAUUUGUUUGCGCGAAGAAUUUGCGCAAGACACUGCUGGUGUUUCGCCAACUGGCAGUACUUCUAGUCCAGGGCGAGGUCCCAGCAUUCUGCAUGAGCCACCCAUGGGUGGUGCCACCAUCAACGAAGUGCAGGACGAGACAUGA